AUGUCCUCUCAGCAGAGCAUGUCCUCCGCCAAAGGUUUCUCCAAGGGCUCCUCACAGGGUGCAGGCCCCUGCCCUGCCCCAACACCUGCCCCGACUCCAUCCUCCUCCUCCUCUUGCUGCGGCCGAGGCUGCUGCAGCUCUGGAGGCUGCUGCAGUUCAGGAGGAUGCUGUGGCUCAAGCUCCACCGGUUGCUGCUGCUUCCCUAGGAGACGUCGCCGACAACGUGGGAGCAGCUGUGGAUGCUGUGGGGGUGGCCAGAGGUCCCAGAGUUCUGGCUGCUGUGGAGGCUGCUGA